AUGUCGACAGCAGAUACCAGCACGGACACUGUGCCGCUUGAGGCGGGCCCGACUGAGGAAAGCAAGGUCGCUGACCCUGAGCUGGUCGACUGGGACGGGCCAAACGAUAUCGAGAAUCCUCACAAUUGGCCAAGCCGCAAGCGGUGGGCGCACGUCGUUGUGGUUGCGAUUAUUUGCCUAGUUAUGUAUGUAUACACGGUUAUGCCAGCCAGUGGUGGUGGUGGUAGAGGGGUGUCGCCAACUAUGUGUGCUCCGAGCAUCAACCUCCUCGUUGCCGAGUUCCACAUCCGCUCGUUCGUCGUCAGUACCCUUGCAGUGACCCUCUACCUCCUUGGCCUGGCCGUUGGCCCCAUGUUCAUCUCGCCGUUGAGCGAAAUAUACGGCCGUUUGCCCGUGUACCAUAUCUCCAAUAUUGUGUUCGUCGGUUUCGUCAUCGGCAACGCGUUAAGCAAGAAUAUCGGCCAGUUCCUUGCUUUUCGCUUCCUCUCCGGCUGUGCGGGUGGCACCCCUAUGGCCCUUGGCGGAGGAAGUAUCGCAGAUGUCACCCCCAUUGAGCGUAGAGCAAUUGCCAUGGCCUUGUUCAGUCUUGGGCCACUAACUGGUCCGGUUCUGGGACCUGUCAUCGGUGGCUUUAUCGCCGCGGGCAAGGGCUGGCGUUGGAUCUUCUGGAUUCUAGCGAUUAUCGGUGCUGCCGCGACCAUCGUUGCACUCGUCAUCCUACGUGAAACACAUCCUGGGGUCAUUCUCGAGCGCAAGGCCGCCCGUCUUCGUGCAUCCACAGGCAACCCACACCUUAGAUCUAAGCUUGCUCGUUCCCUGUCGCCACGGCAGCUCCUUGCUGGUGCUCUUGUUCGACCCACCAUGCUGCUCAUUCGCUCGCCUAUUUUGCUCAUUAUAUCCCUCUACGUGGCCCUGGUGUUUGGGCUCAUGUACCUCCUCUUCACUACCUUCACUGACGUCUUCGAGGGUGAGUAUGGUUUCACAACAUCAACCUCUGGGCUUGUCUACCUUGGACUUGGUGUUGCAUUGGUUAUCUGCAUGUUACUCUUUGGCGCCCUCAAUGAGCGUGUCCAGGCUGCGUGCCUGAAAGCUGACGGAGCAACCCAAACACGGCCCGAGUAUCGUCUGGUACUCAUGAUCUUCUUCAGCCCCUUAGUAGGAGUUGGCCUGUUCAUUUAUGGCUGGACUGUUCAGUAUAAAGUACACUGGAUUGUACCUAUCAUAGGCACUAUGGUCAUGGGCUUCGGGGCCUUUUUCGUUCUUAUGCCUGCCCAACUUUACCUUGUUGACCUAUUUGGGUCCGAGGCCGCUGCUUCAGCCCUUGGAGCGAACAACCUCAUGCGCUACUUGUCAAGCACAUUCUUGCCACUAGCCGGGCCGAGCAUGUACAAGACACUGCAUUACGGCUGGGGUAACACACUGCUCGGCUUCCUCGCACUCGCUUUUGUCCCUGCCCCAAUCCUAUUCUACAAAUAUGGCGAGUGGCUUCGCGCUAAAACUGCCAUCAAGUUGUAG